AUGUUUGUACGCCCCCUUUUCACCGCUAGAAAGCCUCUUUCCCAGCAGCAGCCCAUGCUGAAGAGCGCAGUCAGAAUGAUCAGAACAUUCAAGCAGGAGGAGCAGCCCAGGCUAAGAAUCAACUCCCUGGCGCCCAACUUCACCGCGCAGACCACGCAGGGCAAACUGAACUUCCACGACUACCUCGGUGACUCGUGGGGCGUUCUGUUCUCGCACCCUGCAGACUUCACUCCCGUGUGCACAACGGAGCUCGGGGCGUUCGCGCAGCUGAAGCCCGAGUUCGAAAAGCGCAACGUCAAGCUGAUCGGUCUGUCCGCCGAGGAGGUCGACAAGCACCAGAAGUGGAUCAAGGACAUCGAGGAGAUCAGCUCGCUCGACAAGUUCGCGUUCCCCAUCGUCGGCGACGCCGACCGAGAGGUCGCCUUCCUGUACGACAUGGUCGACGAGGAGGGCUUCAAGAACCUGAGCAAGGGCGUCGUCGCCACCAUCCGCUCCGUCUACGUGAUCGACCCGGCCAAGAAGGUCCGCCUGAUCAUCACCUACCCGGCCUCCGUGGGCAGAAACUCCUCCGAGGUCCUGCGAGUCAUCGACGCCCUGCAGAAGGGCGACGCCAAGGGCGUGGUUACGCCCAUCAACUGGCAGCCGGGCGAGGACGUCAUCAUCCCACCCACGGUCUCAGACGCGGACGCCAAGAAGAAGUUCGGCGACUUCACCACGGUCAAGCCCUACCUGCGCUACACCAAGGCCUAA